AUGGCCAACCCGGCCUCCUACUUAGUGCCGAGUCUUGUCGUUGGCGUGCCAUUGGCGUUGUAUGGACUGUUUAUCGGAUUGACCGCCAUCCCAUAUGUACAACGAAAUUUCCUGUACGCCCACAAGAUACACACCUUGUGGUGGGGGAACAUCAAUGAGCCGGAGCAAUGGGGAUUUGCAAAAAAUCAAGUAACCCCCUUCUAUCUCGAGACUGCGGACAGUCAAAACCUCUAUGCGUGGCACAUUCUCCCCCUAUCUGUCUACGCCCAGCAUGAAACGGAGCUUGCGUCCCAACCAACAGGUGUCGUUGCUGACCCCACGACCACCGCGGGUUUCCGUCUCCUACGCGACAACCCAAAUGCGAAGCUAAUCAUCUCCUUCCACGGCAACGCCGCGCAACUAACCCAAGGCUAUCGCCCAGAGCACUACCGCUCCCUUACAUCGCACUCUCCCUACCACCUCCUCGCCCUUGACUAUCGCGGCUUCGGCCUCAGCACCGGCACGCCCACCGAGCAAGGCCUGAUCCUCGAUGCCGAAGCCGCCAUCCAUUGGGCCGUGCACACCGCAGGUAUCCCACCCUCCCGCAUCGUAUUGCUUGGCCACAGCCUAGGCACCGCCGUGGCCGCUGCCGCGACGGAACAUUUCACCCUCAAUGAGGAUUGGGAUUUUGCAGGCGUGGUACUUGUGGCAGGGUUCAGUUCUUUGCCGGAUAUGUUGAGCGGGUACGCUAUUGCAGGCUGGGUGCCGGUUCUGCGGCCGCUGACUAUGUGGCCGUGGCUGCUGAACCAAGUGAUGGGGCGGGUGGUGGAUACUUGGGAGAGCGCGGCGCGGUGGAGGGAGAUUGUCAAGGGGGUGAAGGCGAGGGGUGGGAGGUUGAGGUUGAGUAUGGUUCAUGCCAAGAAUGAUUGGGAUAUUCCGUCUCAUGAGGAUGACAAAUUGUUUCGGGCCGCGGUAGAAGGGUUGGGAGACGUUGGGACGGAGUGGGAUCAGUUUAAGGUGGAAAAGGAGAAACGAACUUUAGUGAAAGGGAAGCAUGCGUUUGUGUCGACAUGGCAGGAGGGGGAUGUGGUUGUGCGGCAGGAGCUAUUCCCUCAUGGAGGGCACAAUUCGGUCUUGACAUACACGCCUGUCUUGUUGGCUGUGAUGAGGUCAUUUAGGUUGGAUGAGAAAUCGAAACAGGUCGACCCGGCCAAGGAGGCUGCAGCUCUCGAGGCCGCCGACGCGGCAGCCGACCAAACUGAGAAGCAAGCUGUAGAGUCGGAGGACGAGUCCGGAUCGGAAGCUGGGGAAGAUACUCCUGCGCAAACAGCGGCGGGUGGAAACGCAGAGGGAGCAGCAAAGAAGAAAAAGAAGAAGAGCAAGAAGAAGAAGGUCAAGCAAGCACUCUCCGACGCUCUCGGCCGAGGCGGGGCACAAUCCGAGCCGGAUGUGAAGAAAGCUCUCGAUACCUUGACACCGCAGCAAAUUAGCGAGUUCAUCGCUCUCAACCCGGCCUUAGCCAACGAGCUGCUUGGCGGCAAUGCCGGCGAGGGGUCUUCGGAUACAACGUCGAGCGCGAUCGAAGCCUUCAAGAAGCUCAAGCUCCAGGAUAUUAUGACAGGGCUGGCGAGCAGCGGGAAGAACAGGAAAGAUAUGGCGUCAUACAAGUUUUGGAGCACUCAACCUGUGCCGCAGUUUGGUGAGGAGGAGCCCAAGUUGAUCGAGGAAGGGCCGUUAAGGAUCCAGAAGGUUGAGGAAAUUGCGACAGAGCCGAUCUCGUUGGCUCUGGAGCAGUUCCGCUGGGUUACUAUGGAUUUGACGAAUGAUGCGGAGCUUGAAGAGGUGGAGAAGCUGUUGUAUGGCCACUAUGUCGAGGACGACGAGGCCAUGUUCCGGUUCAAGUACUCGAACUCGCUUUUGAAGUGGUCCCUGCUCUCCCCAGGUUGGAGGAAAGAGUGGCACGUAGGUAUUCGCAGCGGCAACACGCUCUGUGCCUUCAUCUCGGCCAUCCCCACCGAGAUGAGGGUACGCGACAACGUGUUUAAGAGCUCGGAAGUAAACUUCCUCUGCAUCCACAAGAAGCUCCGUGGCAAGCGGCUCGCGCCGGUCCUCAUCAAGGAGAUUACGCGGCGUAUCAACCUCGAGGGCACGUGGCAGGCCAUCUACACCGGCGGGAUUGUGCUGCCCCGCCCAGUCAGCACCUGCCGGUAUUAUCACCGCGCCCUGAACUGGAUGAAGCUCUAUGAGGUUGGGUUCAGCCCCUGUCCACCCAACAGCAAACCGGCGUACCAAGCCCGCAGGUACAAUGUGCCUGACCUCACGUCGACGCGUGGGCUUCGUGAGAUGGAGGCAAAGGACUUGGAUGCCGUACACGAUCUUCUCACCCGUUAUCUGAAGCGGUUCGACUUGACACCGGUGUGGAACAAGGAUGAAAUUGACCACUGGCUACUUCAUAAGAAGGACGCACCUGGAGAGCAGGUCAUCUGGUCCUACGUCGUAGAGAACAACGACGGCAAAAUCACCGACUUUUUCUCCUUCUACUGCCUCGAAUCCUCCGUCAUCCAGUCGCAAAAAUACUCAUCUAUCCGCGCCGCUUACCUCUUUUAUUACGCCAGCGACGUGGCCUUCACCGCUCCUGAUGACCGGGCGGCACUCGGGGCUAGGCUCAAUGCGCUCAUCGCCGACGCGUUGAUCUUCGCUAAGCGGCACAACUUUGAUGUCUUCAACGCCCUCUCGCUGAUGGACAACUCACUGUUCCUGGAGCAACAAAAGUUUGGGCCGGGCGACGGGCAGCUCCAUUAUUACUUGUUCAACUACAAGGCAAACCCGAUUCAUGGUGGGGUGAACAAGAAAAACCAACUAGAGGAAGGGGUUUCGAGUGGGGUUGGAUUUACGAUGCUCUAA